AUGGUUGUCGGCGGUGAAGCCUACCACAAGCUGCACCCAAGUAGCAAGCAUUUCCUAGGCAAGGGAUUACCGUUACUGAUUGAAACAGUAUUUGGAUGGACUGUUUCCGGAAAGGUAUCCAUUGAUCUUCCCAUCGUUCCUCGUACAUGUCACCUGACCACUGUUGAUCGUUUUCUGGAGAGCGCCCUUCAGAAAUUUUGGGAAUUAGAAGCCGUCGAGUCUCGCUCAGUGCAUUCCGUCGAAGAAACUCAGUGCGAAGAACUUUUUUCUGCUACCACCACUCGCGAUUCGUCCGGACGAUAUAUCGUUCGUUUGCCACUUACCCGUGAUCCGCUAAUCAAACUCAGCGAAUCCAGAACCAUCGCAGAACGUCGCUUCCUGAGUCAUGAAAGGCAAUUAGAGCGUGAUCCACCCACCAAGGACGCAUACUGCAUAUUCACGGACGAAUACGCACAGAUGUCGCACAUGAAAAGGCUCGAUGAUCCAGUAGACGAUGUGAAUCCGCACUGCUAUCUUCCCCACCAUGCUGUAUUCAAGGAAUCCAGUACGACAAGCAAGGUCAGGGUUGUCUUCGAUGCAUCGUGCAAGACAUCAUCAGGUUUUUCCAUCAACGACAAACAGCUUGUUGGUCCUGUUGUUUAG